GGUCUGAUUCAUUCUCCUGGCCCGGGCAGGAGAGGGAGAGCACUGAAGCUCAUUUGGUCGACCGCUUCAUUGGACGAAACUUAUGGUCUGAUCCAUUUUCCUGGCCCGGGCAGGAGAGGGAGAGCAGUGAAGCCGAUGAGAAAUACAAUUCAACCAAGAAAAGGUUCAUGUCACAGAUUCGAGUGAAUUUGUCCGAAAGGAGGAUAAAAGUGGCCGGUUUGGAUGGUCAACUAUCAUCACUCCAAACUCGCAAGCUUCCUCUGAUCGGUGCUGGACACCUCUCGCCCUACUUUCUAGCCACACAAACUAUACUACUUGGUGCCGGACGCCAUAAUCUACACUAUACUAUCUCAUUAGAAUUUCAGACCAACUCAUCAACAACUAUCAUCCAUCGAUACUUUGAUGACCAUGCCUUCCACAAAGCAACUUCUCUUCCUUGCCAUCGCUGCGUCUACCGUUCUUGCGGCCCCGAUGCAGAUGAAAAAAACCGAGGCUACCAUCAACACCGAUUUAACUAUGACCGAGGCUCCUUCUGCUGCUUCCGCUCCGAUUUCCGGCGAUGGUGUUGUACCUCCUUCUCCUGCCAAAGUUGUUCCUCCUUCAGCUCCGACAUUCAGCCAGCGCCGCAAGCAUGAUGGUGCGUACCGCCGCCAAGGACGACGCGGAUGUGUUCACAAGAACUGUGCCCACCUUACUCACCGCAAGAAGCGCAUGUACAAGCAUUCCUAUCAGUCCCUCGAGAACGGCCCUGCAUCACCCACACCUGA